AUGCUUAGUCGUCUAGACGUCGUCUGUCCAUGCGAUACGCCUGGCAGUGCGACCACGUGCAAAAACUACUUUGCUGUGUCUGGCCGUCGUCUGGUCGUCGUCUGGCCGUCGUCUGGUCGUCGUCUGGCCGUCGUCUGGUCGUCGUCUGGCCGUCGUCUGGUCGUCGUCUGGCCGUCGUUGGAUAAGGGAAAACUUCACAACAAUGAGAAGCGUCUAACGUGUCUCGCCCGGACCUUCUUAUAG